CGGUGGGCGGGGCGUGGAAGUCUAUUAGUAGAAGCGGAAACAAAAGACCCUUCGAUUGGGAGCGGAGAGGCACCUCGGCCUCGGCCUUAACACGCCCCGUGAGAGCCCGGCCCCCUCCUGGAGCAGCCAACGCCGUCGCCGCCUCCUCCUCCUCUCUCUUCCCCCCUCUCGCAGCUUCCCCAGACCGGCCCGCCCGCAUCCCCGGCUCCCCAUGGCGCUGAAACGGAUACAGAAGGUGAGAGCACCCGAGUGGGCCGGGCCGGGCUGGGCUGCUGGCCGUCCGUUGGGAACUGGGUGAGCUUCGAGCCGCCCGGGCCUCGGGGGGUUAGUAAUAGACAGGCGAGGAGCGCGCUUUGGGGCUGAGGGGAUGCGCAGGUCUCGCGAGGGGCCGGAGGAGGUGGGGGGAGUGAUGGCUGAGGGGGGGAAUGUGGGCCUAUAUGGAGGGGCUUAAGGGCGGGGGGGGGGCUCGGUUGAGACCACCCUCCGCCCCCUUUUUUUAAAUAUAGAAGAUGGCAUGUAUAUUUUCACGGACACCUUCAGGGAAGCCGUAAGGGUCCCGUCUUAUUUCUGCAAUGGUUUAGGCAAGCGCUUGGGGGUCACUGAAAAAUCCUUCGUUAAGCUGACAGCCCCCCCCCCCCCCAUAGGCAAGCCUUAUAUAUUCGCGUUUGUACCAAUACAAUGGUAUAGCAGCUUUUUUUUCCUGGACUGUACCACUUCGGAUGGGAGGGAGGCAGAGGGGUACAGCGUGUGCUUAUUACCUACCCUCCGCACACAACACACACGCAUCACAUCAGAACAGGAAAACAAGGGUUACCGUAUCUAGUUAGGCCAUCGAAAUGCUUUAGCAUCCAGGAUUGCUCUUUGCAUUUGCGUUUAUGUCAUGGUCAUAAUCAGCCGCCUUGUGCCACCAGUUAGUGGAAAGGUGAGAUAUAAAUUCAACAAAUAAUAAUAAAUCCCCAGGAGAACAUUUGCACAUACAGAGGCUUCCAAUCCACCAGCAAUCUGAAUUAAUGUAGCCCAGGAACAAGAAGUAAGGUCUUAGUGAAUUGUCUUAUUCCAGGCUGCCAAGUGUGGAAAUGGGUGCAAAAGAAUGCUUGGGGAAAUGCAUACUGAGACGUCAUUAUGUUGCUCCACAGGCAUGGAAUAGAUUUUUGUGUGUGUGUGGCUGGGAUAGUUUGAGAAGUUCAUUCUGCAGCUUCUCCCCACACCAUGGUCAGCAUUUGGGAAAUUGGGCCAAUGCUGGCAAGGGGAGUUCAGUGCGAGUUCUUCCAGCUAUGUUCUGGACUUCUUCCAUUACAAAGCAGGAAUAAAUAUUGAUGCAGUAGUUAGCAUGCAGCUAGAACAGUAUGAUAUUUAAACCUCACUAGUUCACAUUCAAGCCAAUUGUCCUGGAAGGUUUGGAGGACUCACACCAGUGAGGAAACUAGAUAAGAACUCAAUUGUCUCCAAAACAACAAGAAGCUCCAGAUUUCACCCAAACAUAACUAAGUUCAGUGCCACCUACUGAGUAGACCAUAUAACGACACAAUCCACACAUUAAUUAAAAAUGUGUUAAGUGGGUGGGCUCCUGCUCUACCAUUUAGCUUGUAGCUUUGUUGAAACACUAAUCCUUAGUAGCAAUUGGGAGUGUACAUGGAUACCGUGCUGGCAAUGCUUUCUGGUUGAUGUAAUGAGGGCAGAGAGAGACUUGUGGCUUGGGAUAACAGGGUGUAAUUUUGUGUAUUCCCCUAAAAUGGAUGGAGACAGAUGACAGUUCCCAUCAUCCUGACCAUACUGGCUGGGACUGAUGAGAGUUGGGAGUCUAACAUAAUCUCCACCUCUUGCCCCCAAAUAUUAGGGGUCUAAAACCUGCCUCACUGAAAGAGCAUUCUGUGGUCCAUUUGCUUUGAAAUGUCCCUGUGUUCUACCUUUUCCCUUGGUAGUCAUCAUUGCUGCUAAUGCCAUUUAUGGAGGGAGGAUUUCUUGUUUCUAACUUGUUUUCCACAUGAAUGAUAUGCUUCAGUACUUGCUAAUAGUCUAAAAAAAGAAAGGGAUAUUCAAAUGUUGUCCUCGUCAAGUGAAUGUUAAUAGUGAAAAGCUAGGGAAGGUGAAGGACUGAGAAACUGAAGGUUUGCCAAAAAGGAGGCAAGCUCUAUAGAUGUUACAGCUAUCAGUAAUUGGUGUCACUUAACACAGUUUCUUUGUGAAUGUAGAUAAGGGGAACUACUUAACACCAUUUCUGAAAUUGUGUUCAACGUGCAAGAAGAAUUGACAUCUCUGACUCAUUGUCUACCCAAGGUGAUGUCUCAUUGCAACAGACGCAGUCAGUUGACUUUUGGGAGAUUCUCUUUGACAGGAGAUCUAGGACAGGAAAAAGUACUUUGUCAUACACUGCAUAGCUAAUUUAUGGAACUCACUGCCAUAAGAUGCGCUGAUGACCACCAACUUAGAUAGCCAUACGUUUGUCUCUAAUCUCUUUUGACAGCUAUCAAUGCCACCUAGUUAUGAAGGCUAUAUGCUGUUUCUAGGAUCAAAUGUAAUAGGCCUCUGAAUAAGAGUUGCUGGGGAACAACAGUGGGAGAGGCCUUUUGCCCUGUUUGUGGGCAUCCUACAGGCUUCUAGCUGGCCACUGUGGGAAACAGGAUAGGGCUUGGCUUGAUCCAGCAGGGCUGUUUUUAUAACUCUUCAGCUUUACUUUGUUGUUCUGGGAGCAGCUUACUGCUUAGGGCAUUUUACAAAUGUGCCAAGGCUGCAAUCCUAACUACAUUUACUUGGAAGUAAGCCCCACUGAAAUCAGGACUCACUUCAAAGAUACAGUAGUUAGGAAUGGGCAUUUAGAAUACUUUGGGUAUAGGAAAUAUUCCCUUGCAGACGUUCUUAAUGCAUAGAGCAGGAGUUCCCAAACUGUGGUCUGCAGACAAGCUUCAUUCAGGUAGUCUGCAGCAUGUCUGUAAAAAUACAAUUUAAACUUGUACAACAACAUCUGGCACAAUGCACUACAAUUGCUAUGAUAGGCAGGAAAAAAAGUAAGUGGUUCACCAAGACCUUCAACAAUUUUCAAGUAGUCCAUGGGAGAAAAGUUUUGAACCACUGGCAUAGAGAGUGAAAUAGGUAUUUUUAAUUCAGUUGCACAUUUUAACAAGGUAUGAGCAGAACUACCUGAGUAAAUUUUGGGUGCUGGUAUGAUUUCUACAGUUCACCUAUAUUGAGGGGUGCUGUGUCUACUAGCUUCAUUGCCUUUCAGACUCUCCCUUAAGAGAUUUGUGGUACACUUUAAAGACCCACAGUCCAACCAAGGUAAAUACCAACCAACACUGGAUUGAGGGGCAUCCAUCAUGUGUGUCUAGCACAGAUGGAGUAGCUCUUAUUCCAAGGCAUCUGAUCAACAAAGGAAUAGUAGUAUUUCCACCCUAUGCUGGAUUUGAAAUGUUCAUCACAAGGGAGGCAAACACCACCCUUUGCUUCCCUGUAUUCUGGAAUGAGCCUGGAUAGUUUUAGUCAGUAUCAUAAGAUUAUUCAUGAUUGGUCUGUAGUAUUCUCUUCUGUUGUAUUCUCAGCACUUUUCCCAUCUUGGUCAGCUGAACUUUAGGGCCUUAGGCAGAAAUCCUUGUCAUUGUAAGAUACUUUCUCUUGUUACGCUUCUGAUAGAUUUGUAUUUGACCAAUAACUGAUGACACUUGAUCAGUCAAACUUCAAUCCUACUACCUGGUCAGUGACAAGGAGCAAACUAUAUGUGACUGCAACUCUCCAUUAUAAUUUCAGUGAUAGGCUAUGGCUGUCAUUUUUUACACAACCUCAGGGUAAGUCUAACUGAGACUUAAUUCUGAGUACUAUGCAUAGGACUGUGCUGCAAGACUAUCUUAGUUACCCAAGCUUUUAAUUAAAAGCAAAUUCUUUUACUAUAAUAUAAAGGGUUUUAUAAAAUAGUAUGCUGCAUUUUGAUAUUUGACAUGUUGUUGUUGUAAUGCUGGUUGUAAAUAGCCCUGAGGCCUUUUCAUAGUGGAAAAGUAGAGUAGGAAUCUUACAAGCAUGUAUUUAAAUGGAUUUGUAUUAAAAGUUGCAUCUUUUAAUCUGCUUCGCUGUUGGCCUUAUGCCUUUUACGCUAUUAAGCUAGAUUAGAGAGUUUGGUUAAUGUAUUGGUUCUUAAACUGUGGUCUGGGAAGUGUGAGUAGUUCCUUGUGCUUCUUUAGUUGUCCUUCAAAAUACCAGAAUAGAGUAAGAUUUUGGAAGCUUUCUUUGAAAUGGCCUCUCUGCUGAAGAGGCAACUCUUUUAAAUUAAUACCGUAUAUAUUUAAAGUUCAAUUUCCGUUUUGAAUAUGCAUCACCCACAUUCUUUGGUAAGCAUCUAUUCCUGCCAUUUUCUUGUCCCUCUGUUUUUCUAGUUGUAUUCUUUGGGGUGGGUACCUAUCAGUUUUUGCCUAUGUUGCUCUCUAAGGCACCGUGUGUGCUAAUAGCAUAGUCGAAAUAAUAAUGAAUACAGCUGUAGCUUAAGACAAGGUUGCUUUUUGAGUAGUGCAGGUACCUGAAGAGGAUGCUUCAGCAGAACUACCAUUGUGUGCCUUGCUUGCCCCCCAAUUGCAUGCAGAACUUCACUGCAUUGUGUGACCAGAAAUAUAGUUAAGUUUCAGUUUGAAAGCUUUUCAUUUAUCUCCCCAUGACAUAGCUAGAAGGUAAGAAAAUGUGGUGGUCUGUGAAGAACAAGCAUAUUCUGAAUGGUGUUCUUCAGUACAGCAAAGGAACCACCAGCUAGCUUCUUUAGUGCUGAAAUAAACAAGAUGGAUAAUAUAAAAAUCUUGCACAGUCUGCAGCUUGAAUGACAAAUGGCGGGGCAAAUCAUUGCUGUUCACUCUGUUGCUUGUAAGACCAUGGCAGCUACCGCAGUGUCAGCAAUGUUAAAUAAAUAAGUGUCCUGCUAAAGCAGGAAGGGAGAUGACUGGAAUAGAUAGUGGAUGACAUCAUCAGGUCCAAAAAUGGGCCCCUUUCUGCCUCUCCUCAGCCAGCAUCCCCAGUGGUGAGGGAGCUGCUGCAGCACUUCUCCUUUAUUCACCAUGGUGUAAGGUGAGAAGUCCCAUGUUGCAGAUCUUCUUUUUCCAGGUCUGGCCCACUUUCAGAAGGACUGACUAUGGCAUGGGCAGGUUGUUGCAGGGUAAGCUUCUCACCUGUGGACCAGGACCAGCCAUUUACCUAAGCAGUAGAGGAAGGCUCAGUGAUUCACUGGCUCCGGGUAACAGAAGAACCUACUCUGAAAACACUGUUGCUAAGCAUCAUCUUGACUUCCAUUCUUUUCUCACCCCCAAAGCCCUCCUAAACAGGCAGGGCAAGUGACUGCAAGCCAGACUCCCAAGUGAUAAAAUACUAAUGAGGAAUGCAGUAAAUCGGGCUGUAAAAGAGCAGUGAUUUAGACAAAGGUUGUAAAGUGGGGGGGGGGGGGGAGAGACAUUUGGAGAGCUAUUGUCGAUGCAGCUGCCCUUCAGGGUUACGGAAUCUUACACUUUCCGGGACAGAAUCUUACAAGGCAACACAAGCAUCCCUACUAAUUGUAGAUGACGUUAUGCUUUAACACUUGCAGUAAGGCUGACAUGCUGCUAUCAUAAAUGGCAAAUGCGGCUUGUGUUCAGCCUCCAAUGCUUAACUAUGGUUAUGUUCUAGAGCUGGAAGUAAUAUAAUAAUUAGCGCACUUCACCCUCCACCCAGCUGUCAGCUGGUGCUUGAGAAGCUUUGCAAAACAAAAUACACUCGGUACCCUCUGCGCCUACAUAAACUAAUAACAAAUUAAAACACACUUUUACAAGCGAUGGGAAGGGGAGCUAUACCAAAGAGUAAUUUGACAGUGAAUCCCUAAAAGCAUGUGGGGAAUGAUUUAUAUCUGAAGGUACGUUCCACGUUAAGGUGCCCGUCAACUUAAAAUGAAGUGGUAGGAUUUCUGAAAGUGGGAGGUGUCUCAGCACAGCCAUAAGGAUAACGGUUGGAAUAUCAGGAGGGGUUGGAAUAUCUGCUUGAUAACCAAAAAAGCAGGCUUAUGUUCUCUUAUCUGCUGCCUUAAAGGCAGCCAUCAUAAGGAAUUUGCGGUAAGUUUAAUAGAAAUACAUUUGUCUUGAACCAGUGCUUUCUAUCUUCCACAAAGCCUUUCCCUAUCUGAUGAGGAAUGCCAAUGUGAAAGGUAUAGAACCUCUUCUGCAGUGCAGAGGAUACCAGAACCAUGUUUUAGGGCGCCCUUUCAGAAAGGCAUUGGCCAAUCCAGUUGGCCUCACCAUCAAAUUGUACGUGCAGAAAAUUCCUUUUUAACAAGAGGCUUAAGAGAAACUGAGCACCGUGGUUGUCGAAGUAUGGGCCACAUUUGCAAGGGCAGCGUACGAUAAGCAAACAUGUAAGUUGUGUGAAUUAUAUAGCCAAACAAAAUGACUUUGAAUGAUUGCAUACAAGUCAGAAUAAUACCUGGGUUUCUAAAUAAAGCACAUGGCUUUUAAAAACAAGGUGGUUGGAAAAAAUGUAUAGAUUCAUGUUAAGUCUGGAUUGAAGUGUUUAACAAGUGCAGAAUCUAAUAGUUCCAAAUUCCAUCUUGUGAAGUUACUGGAACCAAGUUAAAUAAUGACUUACACCAGUGUUGGUUGUAAAUAUUUUUAAUUAAGAAGGGAAGAGAUGUAGCAGGGAGAUGUAGCCAGUUGAGAUGUCACGGACAGUGUAUUGGAUUUGGUCUGAGGAGAGCCAGGUUCAAAUCUUUGCUCAGCUGUUCACUAGGCAGCCUUAGGCAAGCCACUGAGUCUUGGUCUAAAAAGGUGGUGGUGAGGGUAAAAUUAGAUAACUAUUUAUAUACUCUCCUGGGUUCCUUGGAGGAACAGUGACAUACAAUUUUAAAGUAUAACUGUGGCUCCUCGAAUGUCUCACUGUCAAAGAGAUGUCCAUUCACAAUUUGUUUUUACGUUCUAUGGGGAAACUUUGUAGAAUUCUGGUGUAACAAAACUGCCAAAUAAACAGCUCCUAGUCAUGGAGACGAAACUGAAAAACAUAAUGCUAAAAUACUAAAGGAUCUCAUAAUCAGAGGGUAAGAAAGGACAACUCAAAAAGUUCAAAUAUCGAGAAGUUUUUCAAGCCAUGGUAAAAAAAAAUAUGCUGGAAGUGAAUGAUUUUGAGUAAUAUGUAAAACAGCUGAACAUGACUAACAAGUGCGGUUUGGCAUCUGCUUCAUUUUAAAAAAACACAAUGCAUAUUAUGGUUAUUCACCAAACCUCUGCAGAUUAGCAGCUGCCCUCUGGCACUUGUUACUGAAAAUGUAUAUGCAACUCUGUUCAACAUGUUCCAUCUCAGAGUUAUAAAAACAAUUAAUCUUGGAGGAGUUCUGUAUUUUAAAAAUAGCUGGGGGCAUUAUAGAGUACAUGGAGCUCAAGUCCCUGCUGAGAUUAAUAUUUCUACUAAUGUACACGUCUUAACGUGAAGUGCCUGCUGAGAGGUAAAGCUGCAAAGUUAUGCUGAACGUUAAUCUUUCAUAUUGUGUUUUGUGUGAGAUUGCAUUAUAGUAAGUUUUUAUGUUUAAUGAGUAUUGUCAGAAUACUUUCAAAAAUUGUAUUAUAGGUUUCUAUCUCAGAUAGCCCUGUAUGAGGUCCUUUUCCAGAAAUAGGUUUUCUGUCAUAAAAGCACAGCUUUAAUACUAAUUUGAUCCACCUAGUGAUAUAUGGUGUAUUCAAGAAAGUCAUUAUUUAGAAGAGUGAGCUAAUAUGUGAGAGAAGGUGUGCUGAUAAUUUGAUAGGACCCUGUGCAACUGGCAGCUGGUGACUGACUUGAUGAGGAAAUGAAGUAGACUUGUCAGCAAACGAAUGCACUAGAUAGAGCAGGGCAUUGUAAUCAGCAUGAUGGCCUACAGAGGUUGGACUCCCAACUCCCAUCAGCCUCCGCAAGCAUGGCCACGAGUCAGGAAUGAUAGGACUUGUUGUGACUAUAAAUUGGAAGCUCCUGUGUGGAACCAAUGCAGACCAAAAGCAGCACAGCUUGCAUUUGGCACCAAAUUUAAACAAUGCCCAAUGGAAGUCAAGCUUACAAAGGAACAAUCAAGAGCGCACUUUUAAACUCUCAGUUGGUGCUUUCCAGCUGUGGCUUUUACCUUGCCCAUGCUGGAUGCCAUAUGACAUCCAGAUUGGGAGGCCUAGCAAGGCUAAUGCCCUCUAACUUAACGUGCUUCUGGCAGUUGUAUUCUAGACUGGUUUCUCCUUCCUGUGUAACAUAGGUAAAGAGUGUAUGAAACCAGGAUCUUGGAUUUAGACCAGCUAGCUUAAUUGAUUUUAGAAUGCAGGCCUUCAUGGAAGCCUACUGCUUGCCCAGUUAAAUAAACUAUUACUGAUGUCGCUAUUGCAGAGUCUUGAGGGCCAAAGAUGAUUUGAUGUUAAAUACAUGAAUACAUUGAACAAGUAUGUGUUUUCCUAUGACAACAUCCCUAGGGGCCCCAAUCACAAUCAGAACUGCAGGGAUUACUGGUUUAACUACACGCAUACUGUGAUUUGAUUGAAAAAUCUCUUGCCUGCCCAAGAUCCUGUUAGCCAUGGAAGUAAUGCUUUCCACUGCCACCAAUGGUAGCGUUCCUCCUAAAGUUAAUAGCAGUUUAAGGGGCAUGUCAGAGGGGAGCAUUGAACCCUGUCUCUGCAUGCCCCAGUCCUGCUUCCCCCCUGCUUGUGGCUGUUGUUAAAAUAUAAGCUACACAUUAAAUACACCAAAAUACACUGGAAAAGUGUGUGAAAAGGGUACAUCCCAUGGAUUCCAUGCAUCAUUCUUACACAUGGAUGAAUUGUUCAUGCCGAUUAAUAACAACAUUAAGCUUUUCUAUAACAUCCCUCAAGUAGUCAAAGCACUUUGCUUUGACUAAUAUUUUCCAUAGGUCUGUAUCUGGUCAGAGAGGAAGGUGUAGUUUGUUCAUGAGUGUCCAGUGGCUGGGAAUUUGAUGUGUUGAAUCUACAUUGGAGGUCUGGGGGAGUGGCAAGGAAAAUGAUUGAAAAGUAAGGAACUAUAACAUUAUUGAAGCAGAAUCUGUCUAAACAAUUUGCAGCCCGGCAGUACCAUAUAUGUUCUCAAUCCCAUCUCCCUACCUUGGGUACACUGGAAGUAUUUUGUGGUGUAAUUUGAAAAAGCACUGUUGUGUUUUCUCAACUGUACUGAAGUGCCAGGUUGUUCAGUAAACCUCUGGAAACUUUGGAGAGGUUAUUAGGGUGCUAAUUUUAAACUUUGCAGGCUCUAUUUGUGGUUGGCAACUCAGUGAAUCAUUCACACAGCUCAUCUGCAGAACCACUGUCUAGGACUCGGUGGGCAGUACACAUUCACAUUUCCAUUACAACUUCUCUUGUUGAAAAUGCUACAGCAGAGAAGAUGCUUUGGCCAUAAGGAGUUAUUUCCUUUCUGCUGGAAAGAAGAAAGGAAUUAAUUUGCUCGUAGCUCAAAUUUUACUCAGAAAUACGGUACUUCUUUAAAAAUUUCAUUCUAGCUAUUCUUAUCAGGAUUAUGGGGGAAUAUUUGAAUCCAUGAAAUAUUUCUGGAAAGUAUAUUUGCAAAUAAUUAUUCAUGCUAGAAGUCACUUAUUAUAGGGAAAUGCAUUUGAUUCUUAGGUGUGAAAUAGUCCUGAUUUUCUUUCUUAGGACCCACCACUGGGUAUGUCAUUUGCAACACAAAAUCCCAUCCUUGUGACACAAAACCAUCACAAAACUUUGGCAUAGGUUUUGAGGUUUGCAGAUAACACAGAUGAUGACAUAAGAAGAACCCAGCUUGAUACGGCCAAAGGCCCAUCUAGUCUAUUAUCCUUUUCUCAUGGUUGCCAGUCAGAGAUGCCUAUGGGAAGCCCCUAAGCAGCACCUAAGUGCAGGAUCACUCUCCCUGCUUGUGAUUCCCAACAACUGGCAUUCAGAGGCAUUCUGUACAACAUGGAGAUUGAGAGCCUCAUCCUCCAUGAAUUUGUCUAAUUCUCUUUUAAAGCCAUCCAAGGUGAUGUCCAUCACUUCAGCUUGUAGGAGCAAAAUAGCCAUUACUUGUUUUCAGGGCACUGCAGAGAGGGCUCCUUGCUUGUGUCAGACAGACCGACUCCAGUGUCAGAUAAGAGGAUUCUGAGCAGGAAUUAUAGCUAACCCAGGCACAAGUAGCAGCACUAACAUGGUGACAAAACAAACACCACUGCUGUCAUUUUUAUCAAAAGUGUAUGCAUGGGGAGAUAGAAACUGAAGCCCUUGGUGAUGAGAAUUCAGCUGAAAGUGUUACACCAUUUCCUCCAAAGAAAGCAUCCAGUUUGGAUUCAAAUGUGGGUCAAGAAGACAGCUGUAGUAUGGGCAAGGGAGCAAAGAAGUGAUAGGUAUAGACUUAGACCAUUUUUUAAAUACUGCUUUUCAUAUUGUGAGUGGUUAGAAGCAGGCAAGGACCAGAACACACUCAUAUGCAAGAAUGAUCCUACUCAUGAUAAGUCAUCUAAAUCAGCUGCUGUGUCAUCCUUUUAAAAAAACAGACUCUCAAGCAUUAUGAAACUAGACAAACUCAUCCUCCGUCUGUGAAAGCAUAAGAAGAUCUCACCAGUGCUCUUCUAUGAAUGUAUAUAACAAAAUUACCUGGUAAUUCAUUAAGCAGAGAACAUCUUUUCAAUGUGGCUUAUUUCUUCAUUGUGAACCACUCAAUGGCUUUGAAAGCAUAAUUGAAACAGGAGUCAUGAUAAAGAAAAAUAAACAAAUACCACUUUGCAGCGUUAGGCCACAAUUUCCCAGUGAAUCCCCUGGUGAUCAUUUUGCAAGAGCACCUGAAACGUUGGAAAAACUGAAUAUCCAGUAUAGAAAACCCCUUGGUUAGUUGGCAUAAACAGAUCAUACAACCAAUAGAAUGGAAUGUAGAGUUUGUCUUGUUAAGUUCCAGGAUACUGUAUCAGUGCUGAUCUCAGUUCAUUGGUUUGAUUAUGAGGUUGAAUCCAAAGUUGUGCUUAGGUGCCAAGGCAGGUUUCAACAAUUUAAAUAACUUACAGUCACAAAAAUAGGGUGGGUUCCAACAAUAUACAUCUGAGGAGUCAAAGGCCAGGGGAAAGAGGUGUGUCUUCAACAUUUGCAGAAAGCUUUAUACUGAAGUUGUCAGAUGCACCUCAGUGGAGAGGGAGGCAUAUGACCUGGACCUAGACAAUGCUUCUGAGGGGGCUUGAACUACAAAGAGGCCUUCUUCUGCUGAUCUUAACACCAGAGAGUGUCUUAAGGGAAGGACAUGGUCUUUCCUCCAUUUGGGGCCUAAAUUUAGGGCUUUAAACAAUAAUGUGAGCACUUUGAAUUUGGCCCAGAAACAAACUGGCAGCUAACACAGCUGUUUUAAAACAGGGGUUAUGUGAUACCUAAAUCUGGCUGCUGCAUUUUGGACCAGUUGAAGUUUGAGUUUUCUUCAAGGAACGACCACAGAGAGAGUGCAUUACAGUAGUUCAGUCUGGAAGAUACCUGAACAUGGAGUACAGUAAGCAAGUCAUUCCUCUCCGAAAGGAGCCGUAGCUGGCGAUCUGGUUGGAGUUUAAAAAAAGCACUCCUAGCCAUCAAGACUACCUGAGCAUCCAUUGGCAGUGUUGAAUUCAGGAGUAUUUGCGAUGCUGCACUCCAGGGGAGUGCAGGCCUGGCCAGAAUAGGCUGUCUCCCCACCUCCCGGACGUGAGAACUUGGGACACACAACACUUCGGUCUUCUCAGGAUUCCACUUCAGUUUAUUGUCCCAUAUACAGCUUAUCAACCACCUCUCCCGCUUCAGAUGGAACACAGAGACAGAGCUGAGCGUCGUCUGCAUAUUGUUGGCACUUCAUUCAAAAUCUGAUGACAACUCCCAGCAGCUUUGCCUAGACGUAGCAUGGGUGACACAAGACAGCUCUCGUCAUACAAAACUGUCUUCCGUGGCUACAAUCUGGAAAGGUUCCUGGGGCAACUUUGCAGGGUGCUUAAGGGACAAGAUGGCUCAGAUGUUUGGAUAGUUUUGAGUGCCACAGUUAGAGCACGUCCAAUCAAGGCAUCCAGAGCCUUGUCUCUUCCAUUUGUACUGGAUCAGCUUGGAUUAUUGCAGCCUGAGGAUCUGAGCAAGCUGCUUGAAGAAGUGCAGCUAACCGCCUGCCCCCUUGAGCUUUGCCUGCCUUGGCUUCUUAAAGCUAACCAUAGAGAGUUGAUUGGGUGGGUCUUAGGGGUGAUGAAUGAUUCCCUGGAAAAGGGGCAAGUACCAUCUGGCCUUAAGGAGGGAACAUGACAACCCCCCAGAGGAGAAGACAAAUACAGCACAUAAAACCUAUAAAACGAUUAAAAGAGGGUGAACCCUUGUCCUCAACCUGUCCUAAAGAUGCAACCCAAAGAGGGGGGAAAGUGCUUUGGUAUCACCCCUUCAGGGCAGCUUGCACCAGCACCAGUGCAAGGUGUGAUGGUUUGGGGCCCUGAGCACCUGCAGGCACUCAGGCAGGUGGUAGAAAGCCUCAACAAGGCCUUAUCCUCCCAGAACAAUAGCCUCUUGGAACCAGCUGCUUCUGUAGGGAGCCUGCUGGCAGACUCUGUGCCUCUCCCUAACUCUGCUAGCUGCCUCCUUUCCGCUCGCAUCUCUAAGCUCAUGAAACAUCACAGGAGCUAUUUCCUUGAAUAGGCAUUUUGAUUCUCAAAAUCCAUUACUUUCCCUCAUGACAAAUUGUUCAUGCCCAUCGGCUACUCAAAAAUAAAUGGUUAAUUUCAAUGUACAAAUCAGUCUUCGGCUGAAAAGUGCUUCUGAGUGUAUAUUAACUGUUAAGCCCAAUGCAGAAAAAAAUUAUGAGUUUAUUCAGGUUCCGAUUAGAAUUGGCCAGUUGCCUUUGUAUAUAGUCUUGUUUUCAAGUUCGUGUACCAUUAUGAAUGAGCACUAUUUUUCUAUAAUUAUAUAAAGGAGCAAUUUCUCCUAGCAGUGUAUUAGUCAAAAUUUACAUCUUCACUGUUUAGCAUUACAUUUUCCCACAAUCUGUGUGGUAUCCUACUCAGAGGAGGCCCAUUGAAAUCAAUGGUUUAUCCACAGCUAAAGUCUACGAGCCUACUUUAAGUAGAACUUAGUAGGACACCACCUUUUGUCUGUUAGGCUAAAAAUAGUUUUGUUGUUACUUGGUGCAACCUUUAUGUACCUGCUCUUCUGAAAAGGGUCACAACAAAAAUGUUUAACAAACCCUUUUUUCAAAUUUACUGUUCGUGAUGUUAAAUGGAAAAUGAUACGAUCCAUCAGUUUUUAUUUAUAGUUUCUGUACUCACCUUGAUGCAAACUAGUUUCCUCUUUGCUAUGUCCCAAUAUGCAGCAGCUGGGAAUUAUUUUUUUAAUUAACAGAACCCAUUUAAAGAGCUGUACCGCCAGUAGUUAAAGCCUUUCUUGCCUGAAAGGCAGUGCUAAAUUUGGAACCAAAAGUCAUGACUAGAGUUUAUAAGAUGAGCAUAAUUUGUAACAAACAGCAUCAAGACUGAGUUUCAGGCAGUUCUAUAAUUACAAAAGAUAACAGCGCUGUCAUCGCCAGCAACAUUAGUGAAUAGUUAUUUAAACUAUUUUAAAGGUUUCCCAACCCCCUAAUUCUCCCUUCCUCCCCUUCUAGUCAGAUUCAGUUCAAAAGGCAGUACAUUUGCUAUCACAAGGCACAUUCAGCAAUUACAGUGAACGAAAGUUAAGUAUUUCUGUUGAUUUAAACUAGAGACUAUCAUUGGAAUAAAAGAAAAUAAAGUACUCAGCUUUGGCUAUAUCAUACCCAGUUUGUAAAAGCUUCCCUGUUUGGUCACCUGGGAAUGAUGCUUAAUUACCAUAGGUGAGCAGGACAUGUAUAAGCCUGACAAAAUUUGCACUUCUCUCAUACUUAUUUAAAUUAUUUUGAAGAAUCCUGUUUUUCCAAAUGGCAGCCAGAAAAACAUCAGUUUGCCCUUCUCCAAACAAUCUUGGGGAAACUAUUGGCUCUGUUAUCUGAAUAUAGUAGCCGGCGUGUUACUCUCACAUAAUAAUUUCCUUGACCUUCAGAAAAGAGCUCUCACCUAUCUACUUGCAACUAAUUUUAUUCAGAGAAACGAGUUGCAUGCCAGUCCACUGAGGUCAUUCGAGUGUACACUUGUCCGAAUAAACCAAUGGCAAAAUCUUUUGGAAGUGCAGUUCCCUUUUUAAUCUAAGUGGCUCAGGUUUCACUGAGAGGGGAGAACAAGUUAUAUGUGCAAAGCCAGAUAUUACCAGUUCGAGAGAGGAUCCACUAGUGUCAGAUUUCCAAGCACCAUGAGUCAUGAACAUUGAAGCCAGCAAGCUCUUAAACAAAGCAGGAGAACUCGAGGCAGAGGAAGACAUCUUUACAGUUUCCAGCUUCAGAUGAAACCAAACAUCCCUAAAAUUGUUCACUUCUCUAAAAACUUAACUGUACUUGGUUGAAGCCCAGAAACAUCUCAAUUAUUCAGGGGUGGCAAGAUUCUUUUCACCUACUGGAGCUCAAUACCUGUGCAAGCAAUGCUACGAAAAGCUUCCACUCCUAUGGGGUUCUCUGCUCCAAAUCCUGCAUGUUCCACAUUAUACCAUUAGUUAUUCAGCAGAGUCCCAUGUGAGUCCUACAUAUGCCAGUGAGUCCAAUGCAAACAGUUCCAGGAUACUGUUACCACUCCCAUCCAUGCCUUCUAUAUGCUCUGGUUGAAUGAAUAUUCCCAGAAGAAAUGUUCAUGUGAAUAAUCCUGAACGGUGAUUUUUCCUCAAGCAUAGCUGGAAAUCUAUUUUGUACCAAUAAGGAUGAACCCCUGGAUGGCAUGGUGUUAUGUUUGCUCAUCUUCCUGCUGCUCAUCAACCGCUGGUUGGUGAACCACAUAACCAAACCAACUAUUUUGCAUGCCACCAGUAACUCAUUUGCAGUGGGUGAGCAAAAUGUCCAGAGCAGUAUUCUGGAGAAUUGAAGUCAGCUACAACAUCCCUACGAAUGGCACCUUCAAAAAUGAUGUGCAGAGAAUUCAGCUAAUUGAAAAUUGCCCAUCUAAGUGAUCAGCAAAUAACAUUGAGAACUUAAAAACCUAAAGUGAUGAGGCUAAAUGUACUCAAGAAACUGCCUCUUCCCUAUAUUCCACUGAGAACACAAAAACCUGAUUGGUGCUCUUUUGAAUAUCUAUGAGGGCAGACAUUUGCCAAUGGCCCUAACUAGGUUGGGGUGAGGAAUCUUUUUCAAUCCAAACACUGAAUUCCUUGUGGAAGCAAAAGUGAGCAGAGCAGUUAAUUUGACUCUCGUAGCCGAUCCUUCAUACAGUAGGCUACAUUUGAGCUGUGCAAAAAUGAGGUUUCUGCAGAUGCGCACACAUGCAAGCAAGCAAACACACACACACACACACCCCAAACUUCUUUAUCUAGGCUAGCAAGAUGCAGUUAAAGGACAUACUCCAACUAGGGAAAAGUACCUGUGGGUGCAGUGGAGGACCAGAGAGAGAUGUGGCCAGAGGAGAGGGUGUGCGCUCAGAUAUAGGUGCCUGGAGGUUUGCAUUUGGCCUCUGGGCCUGAGGUUCCCCAUGUUUGUGCUAGACCAGGGCUCAUCAGUGUGGUGCCCUCCAGAUGUUGCUGGACAACAGCUGCCAUCAUCAUUGAUCAUGGUGCCUGGUGCUGAUGGUAGUUAGAAGGGCACCCACAUUAGACCUCAACAGACAUGGUUAGUGAGGAGAGAGCUGAACCACAGUGUUUCAAGCAUCAUUUGGUAAAUCGCAAUUAAGCAGAAGUUUGAAAGGGGAAAUUCAUAUUGUGGAAAAGAAAUGUAGGUUAUUGUUUGGGCUAUGAAAUGGAAUGAUACAUUACACACAGAGAAGGAACCCCCAGAACAGCACAUGGAGGAAGGAGGGGAGGGAUCAUUUUGUCUGGCAUUCGGCACCAUUUAUUGCAAGCCAUUCUGGGAAUCUUUUUGGCUGAAUAGCAGAAUAAAAAUGCUUUAAUAACGAUGCAUUGUGUGUUCCUGUUUGCAAGUCACAGACUAGAUCAAGCUACAAUAUUGUGGUCAACUUGAGUUUCAAGUCCACUUACCAAUGUCCUACAUCAGGUUUUUCCUAUUUGAGAACUAAAAUAUUGUGGAAUGCAUACUUUCUUGUUGAAUAGCAUGUUAAUGGAAAUGAAGUGUAAAUUAUAUGCAGUAAAGUAUGGUGAUCAGCUGCCUAAUUUAAUUGUAGCGCUUAAUACUGAAUUGGUUGUCAUUGUAUUUGGAAAACUCUGUCUUCAUUGAAAUUUUUCUUUCCUUUUUGUUGUAAAUUGUGGGAGCACUUGAUCAAACCUAAAGAGGAUCCACAUUUGGAUAAUUAAUCUUGGGUUUGUUUAAGUAACAUUGCAAAUGUUUUCAUGUUUCCUGUAGGAGCUAAGUGAUCUGCAACGUGACCCACCUGCACACUGUUCAGCAGGACCUGUUGGAGAUGACUGUAAGAUCUUUAUAGUUGAUGGCAAGAUACUUUUGCCUAUUUUGUUAUGCUUAAACACUUAAUAAAGUGAAUAAUAUUUUGUGUUUUUCAGUGUUCCAUUGGCAAGCAACAAUUAUGGGACCUGUAAGUAUGCAAUUUAUACAUAACUGAUCUUGAUUCCUCUUCUGUAAUAAGCUUUAAUGGAUUUCUGUAUUCUAGACAAUAGAUGUCAAUGUUUUCUAGAUCGUAGAAUCAUUUGUGAAGAGGAAAUAGACUGUGAUUAUUUGUGGACUAGAGAUGUACUUUAUACACAACGAGAGAGACACUAUCACACUUUAUACACGUUGGCCAACAUAGGGAAUUAAAAAAUAAACUCCAGAGCUGGGCUGGAGAUUAAGCCAUUCAAGAAGUCUGAGCCAAGAUACUGUUUGCUUUUAAAGCCAGAAUCAUGUUUUUCAUAUAAGAGAUAAGUGCAAAGACUGUAAUAAAUAGGACCAACAGAUGGGACUGCAGAGACCUAUGGUAGUGGAGAGCUAUGUGAAAUAACAAGUGAGCUAACAAAGAUGGGUUCAAGGACCACUGGUGUUUUUAUUUGUGAUCAAUCUACUACUAGGUUUAUAUCCAGCUGUGGCAGAGUAAUCCCUAUUUCAGAAUUCCCUAAUUCACAUUCCUGUACUAUGAAGUCAUACAUUGUUUUACAUAAAUGUACUACUUUCCCAGUCCAUCAGCUGCCUUCAGACAAGUGUUCUUUUAGUAAAGCAAAGGCAUGCAGAAAUUGUGCAUAAAAAUCAAUUUAUAAAAUCAGACUGAUGAAAGGUUAUUUUAGUUAUGGAAUACAUAUAACCACAUAUUAUAGAUUGUAUUUCUAUUGCUAAGUUGGUACAUAAUCACAUAGUAUCAUAACAUUGGUUAUAUUUUAAUAGCAAGGCUUAUAAUUAUGGCUUAUAGAAAUAAUUAAUUUGCCCUUUUUAUAUUCCUUUGUAGCAAGAAGUACAGUAUAUUUCUAAUCAUUAUAACCUUUCUCUUUCAAGUUUCAGCUUGAUUACAGUUUAUUUUGAUUAAGCUUGUAUUUUAUUGUAUUAUCUUCAACACAAAAAUGGUAUUGAUAUCAUGAUAGGUCAAAUAUGAACAAAUAGAGCCAUACCUGGAUAGGAAUUACAUAGGCAUGUUUUCAAAACCUAAUUUGCUAAUUAAUAUAUACUUUCUGGUAUGUGCCUUCAUAAUAAAAUGGGCUGUUAUUCCUAUUUGCUUUUAAAAACCUCAAGUUAAAAAGAUGCAUAUAGUCAGAAAUUUGUGUGUGGUCUAAGGUGUGCAGAGAGGGAAGUGGCCUAAAAACAACAUAUUGAGGAGUUGUUUUUUUAAGUGAUACAAUUGUUUCUCUAUGGUUAAAAGUGAGUUCAUUUCUCUCUCUCUCUCUCUCUCUCUCUCACACACACACACACACACACACACACACAUAUAUAUUCCUCAGUAAUUUGAGCUGCAUCCUCCUGAUCAAAAGGAAGUGGGGAAAGAUACGUACUUUAAAUCUGCCCCUCAAAUGUGCAUCACAUUGUGGUAUUCUUCAGUUUCUAUGUAUUCAAUGCUCUGCCUUUUGAACUUCAUUAACUUGUUUUUCUCAGGUAGGGGGGAUUUCUGCAAAAUAUACUUUGAAACCUCUUCUGGGUUAUGCUUCUAUACACACUAGAUCUGAGCCUGCAAACGCUUUCUUUUAAAAAAAAAAAGAAUGAGCAGAAUUUGCAAAAAUUCCAUGAUGACCUAGUACUACAUUUUAGUUUUUGCAUCAUGCCCUGAAUGGUGUGGGUUCCUGUAACAUAGAGUGUGGCGGCCACAGAUUAUGUCUGUUGAACUUGGGCAAAGUGUACUAGGGAGACACUGGUGAAGAAUGAAAGCAUUACCUUGUUAAUUUGCUUGCUUUCCAGCCUGAUAGUGCAUAUCAAGGGGGAGUCUUUUUUCUCACAGUACAUUUUCCAACAGACUACCCAUUCAAACCACCAAAGGUAAUCUUUUAAAUGUGAUAUGUGCUUUUCAGAAUUAAGUGUAAUGUGCAAGUACAAAUGAAAAUUAAAUGUAGCAUGCGCUUUUUAGAAUAGGGUUUGACAUCUGUUUUGAUGUAUUUGUUGUUUUGAGGCUAAAUACAUUGGAAGGAUCAGUAUAGAAUAGCAUAGAUAACUAACUUAUUGAAGCAAGAGAGAAUUAAAGAGGGCCUAGCCAAGAGCUUUGUGAAACUCUUAAAAUGAGUUAUUUAUUCCAGGAACUCUUUCCACACACAGCUUAUUGGACCAUGGAAGGUAAAAGGUAAAGUAACCAUGAUGCAGGAAAUUCUGUGACGUGUACAAAGUGCACACUUGGUUUUUGCAGAAUACCAAUCUGGCCUAUUGUUCUGUUAAAACACAUUUCUAACCAUGCUUGUGAUUUUACUAUUUUAUUUUACUUUGGAUGUAAAUCACUUUGGGGCUUCUUUAGUUGGAAGUGAUGUAUAAAUUUAAUAAACCUAAACCUAUUGGUCUCUACGCAGAGUUUCUCUGACAUUAUUGAUCUUGGUAUGUUUCCAACGAACCCCAUUUUCCUCAAAUGCAUUUUUUAAAACUAUUGGUCUGUAACUCCUUUAAUAAGCAAAUUGCUUUAAUGCAGCUUUGCGCUAUCCCAUUGCUAAUCUUAAUUUUUGACAUUCUUAACUUUGCUAGAAUUGUAUAUAUAAAGGUAAAAUAGGAAUUACCGCUUAAAUCUGUUUAAGUGGUUGUAUGUUUUCUGUGGAGCUUGCAUUUAGGUGCUGCUAGAUGAAUUGGAUCGUCAUGUUCUACAUAGCCCAUAAGGCACUUUUUAUAUCAUCUUACCCAGGGAACAGCUAUAGCUAAUACUCCUUGUGCAUUCGUAACAGAUUGUGUAACAGAACGUAUCACUACUUGUGAUCAAGCCAAGGUAUUCAGCUUUUAGAGAUGUCAGAUGGAGAAAUAAAAUACAGAGUAAGAAAAGGACAGUGUGUGUGAUUAGAACUCUGUAAAAAUAUGUAACCAUUCUUCUGUUGCAGAUUGCAUUCACAACAAAAAUAUACCAUCCAAACAUAAAUAGUAAUGGGAGUAUUUGUCUUGAUAUCCUGAGGUCACAGUGGUCACCUGCUCUGACUGUAUCUAAAGGUAACUAUUUGGAGAAAUACUAUGCCCAAUUUAACGCCACCAUCCCUGUUUCUGAUUAUGAUUUAUAGCUGAAAAUGCAUCUAGUUUAAAGGAAGGCAUUAUCUAGACCAGGGGUCUGCAACCUUUAAGACAAAAAGAGCCACUUGGACCCGUUUCCGAAGGGAAAAAAAUCCUGGGAGCCGCAAAACCAUUGCGACAUUUAAAACAAAUAUAACACUGUAUAUAUUGUUUCUUACCUUAAUGUCCGAUCUGACAGCGGGCAGGAAGGUGACGUUGGGACGGUUGGUGACUAACGCACGCACCGCCCCCAUGCGACGUCACAGCCAGUACAGCGCCCGCCACAGUGGGGAGUGUCGGGGCGCACAAUGCGCCUCCUCCCCUCGCUAGUAUCCGCCCCGGAGCCACGGCAAAGGUGUAAAAGAGCCACAUGCGGCUCCGGAGCCAUGGGUUGCAGACCCCUGAUCUAGACAGAGGUGUUUGAUCUUCAAAGUUUUCCACAGGAUCUUAUACCCAGAUGCAUUGGCUGUGUGACCAUGUACAUCAUCUACUAUUUUGGAAGACAUAUUCAAUAAAGUUUGAAAAUCUGCAUUACUAUAAAGGAGAAAAACUUUGCAUCUACCUCUUGACCUUUACUAUCACAUUCAUGUCAUAAACACUCUUUAACUUAUCUUUUUUCUUUUUAAUAUAGUUCUUUUGUCCAUAUGCUCUUUACUUUGUGAUCCUAAUCCAGAUGACCCUUUAGUACCAGAUAUUGCACAAAUCUACAAGUCAGACAAGGAAAAGUAAGUAUGGAUAUAUUUUUUAAAAAUCUGAAUCAGUUGGUUUUUAUAUUCUUAGCCUCUCACCUCACUUACGAUUUGACUACUCUGAUAGGGUGAUACGCAACAGAGGAGCUGCGUUGAUUUCAGCGGGUGUACUCUUGAAUAGGACUUACAUUGGAUAUCACCCAUAAGGUUUUUUUUAACAUAAAAAUGGAUUUUUAAAAAAGCUUACAAACAAUUGUACUACUUCAGAAUGUUUACAGUGUUCCAUUUUGACAUCUUGCAUACUUGGGCCACUAAGGACAUAAGUAGAAAAUUUUAAAUUUGCAUUCCUCAGUUUGAAGGAGCAGUUAGUCUGUAGAAUUAUUUAACUUGUAUACCAUGUCAGCCUUGUUCCUUCCUUUUUUCUGAUGUAUUACUUAUCCUAAAGUUCACUGAUCUGCCAGCUUGGCUUUAAUGUUUGAGCCGAUUUCUAGAUAACAAACUGCUUUGCAAAGUUCUGGACACCCACCUUUGUGUCCCUACAAAUGUUUGGAAGAGAACCUCAUUGAACUUUUUGGGGUGUCAUCAAACUGACCUUGUGUUCAGUCAUAUCAUCUUUAGUCUGUGGUUCAGCAUACUUCCCUUGCUUUGAGCUAGACUUUAAGCUAAUUUAGACUAGCUAAGAGGUUCACUGUCUUUACCUGUGUGGCAUCCUAGUUUGUGAGCAGAUUGAGAUGGUUGUUAUUAUAGGUGCUUGUUUGACAGGCUGUAAGUAUCGUACUCAGCCUAAUGAAGGUAACUAGGCUAAUUCGUGUACACGUUUGAUUCAGGAAGAUGGCAACAAUCCUGCACGUGUUGGAUAAUAUUUGUUGUAAUUCAGUUUGUAAACGUCUGUCUCUUAAAUUGUAAGGUUGAGAAAGGGGAAAAGAUGUUGAGGUGUAGCAAUAUGAAGGCAUUGUAAAGGUUACAGAUUGCCACUCCAAAGUCUGUACUUCACAAAGGUUACAGAUUGCCACUCCAAAGUCUGUACUGUACUGUUGUAAUCUCUGUGUAGCCCUGUCUGUAUCCUGCAUAGUGGUGCUGCCCAUUAUCAGGUUACUGUCCAUCAGUUGCAAUUCAUGUCUUGUAGUCAACUAAAUCCAACUCAGAGUAGACCCAUUGAAAUUAAUGAAUCUAAAUUAGUCAUACCCAUUAAAUUCCAUUAGCAUUGGAUAACAUCACACAUCACCAUGUUCAGUCUGUGACUUUAUCUGUACACAGCUUUUCAGCUGGACUAGCAAACUCUAUUCAGCUUGUAUCCUAAGCUCUGACGGACCAGGAAGGAUGCAAAUGUACACACUGAUUGUGUGCAGACAGCCAUGAUAUUAUACAAUGGAAGCAAUAGGUGUGCAUCAUGGGGUUCUCUUGCCUUGGAAAAUCAUUAAUUAUUAGCUGCAUUUCCAAAUCACCCUUCCUUCCAAAGACUUCAGGAUGAUAUACAAAUAAUAAUAAUAUUAAAACACAAAAUAGAAAAUAAUAAAUAAGACAUAACAGUAAUCAACACACUUUAAAAUACUGUAUCUAUAAAAUGCAGAACCAUUAAAAUGCACCAAAACCAUCUGCUACUCUUAGGUGUUAAGACUUUGCAUCGUCCAAGACUGUUUUGCUUUCUGCUCAGCACCUGCUCUUUUGCCCAAGUGUGGGCAUGGGUGCAACAUAUAACCGAAUAAGAUUGUUAAAUAAGCCCUUGAAUAAAUUUGUUGGCAACACUGUGAAUCCUAAGCUUGUGUGUUUUCACUUUUGUUUUCUUUUACAGAUACAACAGACAUGCAAGAGAAUGGACACAGAAAUAUGCAAUGUAAACUUUGAAGACUUUUUCAUAUAUACCAGAGUACUGUAAAUUCUAGGGUUUUUUCAAAAUUAGAAGUAAAUGGAGCACAGUUUACUGUUUCAGUGUACCAUGAAGCCCUUUUUUGAUUUUCACCCAUAUAAGUGUGUUUCUGGAACAAGGAAAUAACUACGAAAAUUAACCUGAAGACUGUGAUGAGAGUAUUUAUCCUUUUUGUAUGCUUUGCAAAAGACAUUUAUUAUGUUUUUUAAAGAUACGUGGACAUCUCUGUCUCCAGCCUACAAGAUCCAUAAUGCAGUUGUAGAGCAACCAAAUUAUUUUUGCUGAAAAACUAGGUGUUACAUGAGAGAUAUUCUGUGUGUCUUUGAGAUGUCAGUCCUGUAAGUCUGUGUUUGAAUUUCAUUCUUUGUUAGUUCAUUGUAUAAUUUGUAUUUUUUUACUGUAUAGACUAUAUUUUAUUUACCAUGCAAGUCAACUCACUUUAGACUUUCUGCACAGUAUUGAAAAAAAAAUACAACUGCUAUUAAAUGAGUGAACUAUUCCUCCCCAGAGGAAUGCUCUAUAAACUGAUAAACUUCUUAAAACAAACUUUGCACUCUAAUUCUCAGUAUACUGAUUAUGGAGAAACACUUGGUUUUGAUUCUGUUGCAUACUUAAUUUUAUUGCAAUGUGAACUAAUUGCACUACUCUGUAGAAAGAAAUGUAACUAAUUUUGUUCUAUUCACAGCUGACUUUUUUAUCCCAUAAGGGCAGUAUAAUCUCUGACCUUUUAACAAAAUUGACUUGAAGCUUUUCCAUAUAAAUAAAAUGUGUUUUUUACUACUUGUCUUGGCUGUUCUUUAACUCUUGCACAUCCUUUACAUGUGCUUGCUCUGAAAAGAUCAAGUUAUUGUUAAAUGUGUGACUUGCUAUUGGGAGGAAUUGGCCUGUGUGUUUGAAAUUGCUGUGAACUGAUAUUAUGGUAGCUGUUGCAUAACUUUACAUGCAAAUUCAUUGUGUUGUGUAUAUGAUCUAAGUUCUUGGAUCUUGUACCCACUACAAAAACUUCUCUCUGAUCUCCAAAUCUUGCUUAAAUUGAUAACAACGAAUGUUGAAAUGUCACUGAUGCUUCUUCUUUCCCUCACGUGUAUAACAAUAUAUUGAUGUUAUACUUCCACACACUAAGCUGAUGCCUCUAAACCUUUAUAUGUAUACUUCACCUUGCAUGUAAGGAGAAAAACAGCCUUAGGGACUUUACAAAUAAGAGUGCUUUAAUUUUUUUUAAAGUAUGUUGCUUCUGAGGUAGUAAAUGCUUAUUGAAUGCAUUUAUUUUGUGGCUGUAGCAAUUCUAACUAAACACAACUUACUUGACUAGAAGGUUUUGCCACCAUAGAGUCCUAGUGUUUGGCUACACCAAGGAACAAUUAAACAAAAAGCUCACAACUGGAAUAGGUAGAAAUGUGGCAAGCAUCCCAGUGGCUAUUUUUUUGUAUUACUGGACUUAAAUAAAAAAAAAAAACCUGUUCAGCAUUUUAAUCUUGAAACUCUUGGAUAGUUCUGACAGCCUAGGCAAUAAGUCUCUACUUAUCGUAAUGGUCACCUAGGCUUCAGUUGUUUACCUCAAUCUGUAUAAUCGUAAGAUGGAAUCUUUCUGAAAUAAGCACUGAAAAAAAUUCAUUGCAUUCUGUAAGUGACUUUGCUUGCUGUGAAAAAACCAAUUUCUACAAAUAGCCAAUAAGUGUUUCAAUUUAGUAUAUGAUUGCUUCAAUGUACUUGAAAAAGGGGAUGCCAUAGCUUGAAAAGCAAAACUAUUCACGACAUUUUGACAUGAAUACUAAAAAAUUACCCCUUGGUAAAAUAUUCUGAUGGAGUGAUUUCCCAAACUUUUUUGCCCCUAUCUGUCUUAGAUGUUUAUGAUAGGCUUGUCCCGGAUUAAAUAAUUUAUAGUCCUUUAAUCCCUUACAAUAAACUCUUGUGUAAUUUGGUAGUUUGAUUUGCAUGCCUGUUAAGUGAAAGAACAUUUAAUCUUCUGCUUUGCUAAAAUUAUAUGGAGGCUGGUUUGAAACUGUUUAGAUGUUACUAUGCUUUGAAGUAUGCAUCAUACAAAAAGGAAUUUACUUACCAUAAUGCAAAGUCUUCAGGCUGAGCAAAAGGUGCAGAUCAGCAAGCCUCUUAUUCUUGCUUCAUAAGAGUUAUUUGUGAACAAAUGUGUUGAGCCCAUACUUGUCUCUCUUCAGUGACAUUUAAACCUGAAGUUCAGAGACUUAUUUUACAUACUGUCAGGCCAAUCGUAGCGCCUUUAAGAAGACAAGAACUCCAUUCUCUUGGCUUUCUUUAAACCACAGCUUCUGAGGGUGUUAAGCAUUCCCUCUUAAGUAUUUUUGUAUUUCCUGGUAAAUGUUCUUUUGCUGUUUAAAUGAUCCAUUGUGAAGGUUCCUUCCCCGCCCCGCUCCUUGUAUCAAACAUUUGCUCAGUCCUGGUGCUUCCAUUAUGGUGGCAUAAAUGUUGUCUGUGCUUCAGUCCCCUCCACCAAAUACCAGUUUAUACUGUACAAUGCCUUAGCGAGGGCACUAACUGAGCCAUCUCAUUCUCUGUAUAUUCCUCACUUGGCACUAUUGGCAUGACUAAAGCAAAGGAUCUCUGUAUCACUGAAAUUCUUGAAGUGUAAUCUUUAGUCAUUCUAGUUGUUAAAUAAGGCGUACUUUCUAGCUACUUCUGAUGUGGUAUUUUUUCUGCCUAAAGAUGUCAGCUGAGGCUUGAAUGAAAAUAAAGAUUUGAUUUGAAAUCUG